CAAAACUUCGUGUCUACUCCACCCUAUUCCGAUUACAUGGGAUAUCAUCAUGUGCCAGCUCUGGACAGCCAUGGACAGCCCGCGGGAACCUGGGGAUCUCACUAUGGCCCACAGAGGGAGGACUGGAAUGCUUACGGCCCAGGACCUUCCAGCACGGUGGCUGCUGCACAGAUCAGUGGCUCGUCCCCUGGACAGGUCUCCUACAGUUCUGCUGAUUACAGCUCCCUCCAUGCCGCUGGAUCUGGGGGGUUACCUCCCGCAGAAACAAUUAAUGCACAGCAAAUCUCUCCCAACAGCCAAAGGCACAGCUCUUACGAAUGGAUGAGGAAAACG